GUUUUGUCGCCCUCUGCAGCUCAUACUGUGAACUGAGCGGGUGGAAACGCGCUGUUGUCAUAGACGCGGAGUGGCGCGCAUGCGCGGUGACUGAGGGAAGCAGCAGCGAUGUGAUGUCAACCAGGCGGGUUUGGGAUCAAUAUUGACGCAUUCCGAAAUAAAACCUUACGAUUUAUCAACAUGAAAUUAACCCACAAACUUGUUCUGGCUCGGGCUAAAGCAUCAGACCUGGAAAGUGUGAAGAAAUUAAACUGCUGGGGCUGUAAUCUGACAGACAUCUCCAUAUUUGAGCAGAUUCCUAACGUCGAGGUUCUCACACUGAGUGCCAAUCAGAUCUCCUCUCUGAAGCACAUCUCGUCCUGUCAGCAUCUCAGCGAGCUCUAUCUGAGACGCAACAACAUUCAGAGUCUGUCUGAACUCCGGCAUCUGAAGAGUCUGAGCUGUCUGAAGGUCCUGUGGCUGGCCGAGAACCCGUGCUGCGACACUGCUGACCCCAGCACAUACCGCCUGACCGUCAUCAGAAACCUGCCUGGACUGCACAAACUAGACAACCAGGUGGUUACAGAGGAGGAACUCGCACAAGCAUUAAAGGAAGGGGAGGAGCUUGUGAGCCCUUCAAGCCCCGCCCCCACCAGCUCAACCAAUGGCCAUACAGAAGCAGACUCCGAGAGCGACCCUCUUAAUUACAGUAUGGAGGAAACGAAUAAAAUUCGUGCUCAGCUGGGAAUGAAGCUGCUGCCUAGAGACAAGUUCCCAUCGCUGUCGUCCCCGCGAGAGGCCGGAGACACGUUUAAGAGGAAGAGUCACACAUUAGAGGCUGUUCUCCUCCUGCUGAAGGAUCUGGACGUCGAGGAGCUGAAAAUUGUUCAGUCCGUCACAGAGAGCAAACUCAGAUCACGCAGUCGACAGAGAGAGAAAUCUCCCAUCUGUUCAUAAACUCACCAGUGGAAAACAUUUAAACCAGCAGCCCAUGAGCAGCCAGAGUUUACUUUUGGGAAAAUGACAUACAUAUUUUGGUGACACUUUACAAUAACGUUUCAUUUGUUAAUGCAUUAGGUAACAUGCGCAAUAUAUUUCUUACAGCAAAAAUAGUUGUUCAUUCAUGUUAGUUUCACAGUUUAUUAAUGUUAACACAACUUUGGUUCAUGUUCAAAUUAACUUUAAUAAUAAAUGCUGUAGAAUUAUAGUUCAUUUUAACUAAUGUAUUUAAUGUUAAUAAAUGAAACCUUGUUAAACAGUGUUACCCAUAUUUCUAUAACAAACGUCUUUAGAUAUGUUUAUUUUAUGUUCAAGGCAGAAUAUCUCGGAUAUUAACAUUUCAGUCAAUUUAAAUGACGUCAGUCAGAUCACUGCGGUACUUCAGGUAGAUUCUGUACAGGACAAAACUAAUGAAUAAUGUUAAAAGCUUUCGUUUGUUUGAAUCUGUCAUGCUCACUGUUACCAAGUUGCCUUCUCCUGUUCAAACUAAGACGUUUUCCUAUUUUGGAUGAAAUGUUUUGCUUUGUAAUUAUCUAAAAGAAGUAUAACAACAUUUUGUGUUGAAAUAAUACAUAUGAGAAUGUAAUUUUAUAUGUAAAUAAAUUCAAAUGCACAAGAAUA